AUGGCAGGUGGAAACACCAAAGCGUAUGCCGCGAGGCUUAAUCCAAAUGGACAGAUGACCAGAAAUGCCAAGAAUUAUCUGCAUCCAGUCAUGUGCUAUUCGGAACAAUUCCGCCCUCGUCAAUCUCAUACACUCACUGGCCAAAAAUUGCCUUGGCUAGCUGUAACCAUCUGCCAAAGUAUGGAGUUCGCAACCGUCUUCGAUGACCCGUGGUCUAAAAAACCUAUUUCUUUGGGAGAUGCUGCAACACAACAUCUCGAACUUAUUGAUAUAUUCAUAAAAGUUAUCACACAUUUGGGUGACGAUAAUGGCUACAUCAGCGAUGAGACAUUGGCAUACUCAGAAUGGAGAUAUAUCGUCUACGUCCGAAUGAUCGAGUUACGAGGGUAUUGUCCGAGUGACAUUCCACCACCAUGGGACGUUGCACUUAUCAUGUACCUGCACAUGCUUUCGCCGUCGCGUUUUCACCACUACAUCUAUGACAACCGCUCCACAGUAUUGGAUGGUAUAUUUGGCCUCCGUCAUCGUCACUUCCCAAUGACAAAGUUACUUUCAGGAGAGUGGUAUCCAAAGAAAAGCAGGAAACAGUGGUCAGAAUCCAAUACACCUGAUCGUGCCGCUUGUCCAGGUCCAAACCUGCCAUACCAACUGUGGUCUUCUCCUCCUUGGGAACCAAAGCGGGCUUCCAAGGUUGUUUCCUCGGUACUUGGUAGAGAUGCAUCUCAGUCUCCCAGUUCAAAGUCACGAUGGACUACACCAACCGAUACGAAAGCUCCGGGUAAAUCAAAGAACCAGGAGUUUCGUGUCGUGAUUAUGCAUGAUUGGCUUCGUUGUCGAACCGCUGUUCCAGAGCAAGGCUUCAGAGUCUGGGGCAUUGAAGCAUACACGGCGAUAAGAACUCAGCGUGUUGAAGAGCGUUGCCGGAAUCAAAGUCAGCAUGAACAGUUCAACGCAACUUGUGGACUUCGACCCUGGCCGGUACUCCAAGAUUUACGAGCUGAACUAGAACAGCAGAUGUCAUUCUGGAAGGUUAUGGUACAUGCGAAGAACACGUUACCAGAGUUUGUUGAUACUUUGAACGAACACGUGAGAGAUUACAAAAACUAUAUGGGUCUAGUCGGUCAUGUUCUGUGGAAGAAAGGCAAAUGUGGCCGGUACGAGUCGAAACUUGAUCCAAAUAAUCAACCCAUGUCUAGGUCAGGCUGCCACUCAACAACGAAACAUGUCGGACCACGAUUCACCAAGUUGCUUCCCCCGACUCUACAGAUAGAUUUCCUUUGGCACACCCACCGACUCUACCCGGCACAUUACUGGGCGUUCUGUUGCGAGCAAGCGAAUUGGGUCGUGGAGCCGGACCCUACACCAGGCGCAGGAGCAGGUGAUGUGUUACUGAAAUAUACAAAGGAGGAGUGGAAAGACAGAUAUUUGGAAUGCACCGAGAGAGGAACGUUAGUUGAUCAAUGGUUCACAGAAUACGUUCCGUGCGCGGCCAAGCUUGCUCCUCCAGACAUCGGGCGGACUAACCUGUCGAGUAUAGUCAAUGGGGUAAACGCAGUGAGACAACGGAGAGUCAUACGGAGGACAGGAAGAAAUGAUGACAUAAGCGGAGGCGGAGGAGCUGGAUUUAGUGGAGGCGAUGGAGGUUGUGGUGGUGAUGGCGGCGGUGGAGGAGGAGAAUAA